AGCCAUCUCUUCCUUCUCUCUCUCUCUCUCUCUCUCUCUCUCUCUCUCUCCCCCGUCUUCCUCUCCGCCUGUCUCCUCUUCUUGUCGCUUCUUUGAUAAACAGUGUCCAAAAACAGAAACAGGAAACUUCAUGCUCAAUCAAACACUUCUUUUACUUCCCUUUUACAUACACACACAGUGCCAAUUUUUUUUACUAAUAAAAAGUGUCCAAACCAGUUUACGCGUAUUUCGAACUAAUCGUGGUAACCAUAAAACUACCGUCAACUAGCAGACCCCAAUCGGAGCCGGAGCAACUCUCCCUCCUUUUCAACUGACUACCAAUUGAACAUAAACACGUAUUUGCAGCAAUGUCACAUUCCGGGAAGCAAUCACACGAAAUGGGUCUCCAGUCUGGUAAAUACGUAUCUCCACAUGUGAAAAAGUGCAAUGGUGAUUUGAAACCUGGUGAUCGGAGAUCAAUGUCUAGUGGACCCCCACUGAUCUACUCCGGCCAGUACAACACUAGCAGUAGCAGCAGCAGCAGCAGUGGAGGCAGUAGCGGUGGUGCUGGUGGAGCAACUUGCUUAACUUCUUCAGUCUCAUCCCCAAACGCCACCUUGUACCCAACUGGCAACAUCUGCCCCUCAGGAAAAAUACUCAAAUCCAACAUGGGUGCCCGCACCAAAACCCGACCCGACAAACUGGGUUCGGGCUUGGCCAACUACGGUCACGGAAGCAUAGUCAGGAAUACCCAUUUGGCCAGAGAAUUGGGUUUGGAUUGGGAGGAGUUGAAAAGGGCAGGGAAUGAGUUGUACAGGAAAGGGAAUUUUGUGGAGGCAUUGUUGUUGUAUGAUAGGGCUAUAGCGAUUUCGCCGGAGAAUGCGGCGUGCAGGAGUAAUAGGGCGGCGGCGCUGACGAUGGUGGGGAGGUUGGGGGAGGCGGUGGCAGAGUGCGAGGAGGCUGUGAGGUUGGAUCCUGCGUAUGGCAGGGCUCAUCAGAGAUUAGCCUCUCUUUAUCUCAGGUUAGGACAGGUUGAAAAUGCCCGUCAUCAUCUUUUUUCUCACACGCAACAGCCCGACAAAGCUGAGUUACAGAAACUUCAUUUACUGGAAAAGCAUCUUAACCGAUGUGCAGAUGCUCGAAAAAAUGGUGAUUGGAAGAGUGCACUGAGAGAAUGUGAUGAAGCCAUGGUGGCUGGAGCAGACUCUUCUCCUCAGUUCACAGCAUGUAAAGCAGAAGCCUUUCUGAAGCUUCACAAACUUGAAAAUGCAGAUUCUAGCCUAUCAAGCAUUACAAAGCUAGAACCUUAUCCCACAUCCUGCUCCCAAACAAAGUUCUUCGGCAUGCUUUCUGAAGCUUAUGUGCUCUAUGUCCAAGCUCAUGUUGACAUGGCAUUUGGAAGAUGGUGGGUAUCUUGCAGGUUUGAGAAAGCAGUUGCAGCAGCAGAAAAGGCUUGUCUGAUUGAUUUUAGCAACAUUGAAAUCGCUAUGCUGCUAAACAACGUCAAAUUGGUAAUAAGAGCUCGAUCCCAGGGUAAAGAUCUUUUUGAUUCAGGGAGAUUUUCUGAUGCCUGCACAGCUUAUGGGGAAGGCCUCAAAUAUGACUUGUCCAACUCUGUGCUAUAUUGCAAUAGAGCAGUUUGUUGGUCUAAGCUUGAACUAUGGGAUGAAUCUGUUGAAGACUGUAACCGAGCCCUCAAGAUCCAACCAAACUACACCAAGGCCCUUCUUAGGAGGGCUGUCUCAAAUGCAAAGCUUGAACAUUGGGCAGAAGCCGUUAGAGAUUAUGAGAUCUUGGGGAGGAAACUUCCGGGGGAUAACGAGGUUGCUGAAUCUCUACUCCGAGCGCAAGUUGCAUUGAAGAGAUUGAGGCUGGAGGAAUUUCACAAUGCGAAUUGCACUGGUGAACUGGAGGAAGUUUCUAGUCUUCAUCGUUCUAAAGCUGCAAUGUCUUCUCCCGCAUUCAGUUCAUGCUUGGAUCACUGAUUUUUGCAGAGAUUUACCUAGGGUGGGUGUGGAGGAUAGCCCAGAACUAGCAAAAGCCGAAGGCAUAAGAUUCGUUCCAUUUUCCAAUUUUCAACGUUUACAAAAAUGGCGUCAAGGUGAGAAAGAUGAUCAGCCCUAGCCAUCAGGGUUUGGAGUCCUUUUUGAGGCAGCAGAGUUUGUAGAACAAAGCCCAAGGCCUGUUUAUUCGUGCGGCUCAAAUUUCCGACAUCAAUUUCUUGCUUGAACUUGCAUGAGGUGGAUCACAAUGUCUUAGUCUUCUAGACAAAGAAACAGCGAAGAGAAAUAGAUUUCCGUUCAUAUCUAAUUUGUAGGUGUAAUUCCUCAUUCUUGGUUAAUUACUUAACUGUCUGCAGAUUCGUUUGACAUUUAUUUUCGAACCCAUUGAUAUUUAAUGGCCUCAUUCAGUAUAUGGAUUUAUGUAACUAUGCCAUGGUUAGGAAGAAAGCACAGGUUGGUUGUCUGGUGGUGGUAGUCCUCCAAUAUUUCCGGUAGGUGAAACUGUUGAUUGUGUUAAAAACAUUGUUUUUUCUCCACAAUGUUAUCCAUUGCUCUUUGAACUUGUA